UGCUCUAGUCGCAGAAUAUAAGCAGUUGCUGAAAAACAAAGCUCCCAAGAAGCUGCCGGAUCUUUCAAGAGAAAAUUCAAGCUGUAUAAAGACUUUUCUACAAGCAGGGAGAGGAUGGGCAAUCUUCCGAUCCUGCUUUUGCUGACCCUGGUCUUGACAGCCCCCUGCUGUUGUGAAGGAGAUACAAACAGGCCCAUGGAUGAAGGAAUUAAGAUAAAUAAGAAAAUUGCCAACACCUUUGUGAGGAGGCAGAAGAGAUCUUAUCCAUACUAUGAAAGGUACUACGAAAUGUUUAAAUCCCCAACGGAGAUGAAGCAAGAACAGUGUGAAAACUAUGCACCUUGUGACUACUACUCUGAAAUAAUAGGAUUUCAAGCAGCAUAUGACCUAAUCUUUGGAAGAACCUGAGGGUGGAUGUUUCAUGUUCUCAUCUGGAUGGAACCUCUGCAUGGAGCCAUUGGAAGAGAGAGAAAUAAAUGAGAAAUAAUA